ACUGGACAGUUUCAGCAUUGCUUGUGAUCCCAAUGCCAGUCGUGAGCAGAACGAGUGCUCUGUUGAGUUCUGCUUUGGCCUGGGACAGUUAGAGGUGUCAGCCGUAAACUUGUACACAGGACAGCAGGCUCAAGUCGAGCUGGCUAUGCCGAAUCAGUGCUCAUACAGAGCCGACUUGAGUGUGACCGGGGUGCGUGAGAAGUGUGUACGGCCCACUCGUGCACUGGGUAGCAAGCCUGGGUGGACCCGGUCAUGUUACUACAAUCACUGGAUAGAGGAUGAUGAUGGUGAUACCUUCACCCUUAAAAGACCUGGUCAAGUUACUACAGUCACUGGAUAG